UAGGGUGCCAUGUCUGAGCAAGAACGCAUCCAGGAAUGCCUGCGGAAAGAGAUAAGGUCCCUUCUCAUCUCCACCAAGGAUGGCUUGACCCCGCAGCAGCUGGAGAAGGAGUACCUGCUGAUGGUGGGCAGCCACCUGCCGCUGCGGGCGCUCGGCUACCGCUGUGUCAUGGAGCUGGUGCUUGACAUGCCUGACGUGGUCAGCGUCUGCCCCUCCGGGGAUGGGCUUGUGAUCCUGAAAGCCAUUCCAGAUGAAUCCACCAAAGGAAUAGCAAGUUUAGUUGCCAGACAAAGAAGCAGCCACAAGGUUCGGAGCACCGUGCAGAGGGCAAGGGCCAGCGUGUGCCCUGCGCCGGACUCUCGGCGGCGAGUCCCCUUCCGGGGCAGGGUGCCCCCGAUUCUCCCGGCCGUGGUCAAGAGUGAACUCAAAGACCUCCUGGCGUUUUCUCCUGUUCUCCUUUCUGAUUUUGAAAAGGCGUUUGUCAAGCGGUUUGGACGAACGUUCCAGUACAUGCAGUACGGAUUCCUCUCCAUGUUUGAGGUGCUGAAUGCAGCUUCAGAUGUCAUUGCUGUAGAGCAGACCCGCAUGGGUUCUCUGCUGAUGCUCAGGAAGAACGUGUUGGAGGAAAAGCAGAGACGAUGGCCUCCAGGCAAAAUUUUUGCCCAGCCAUUUAGAGUGAAACAAGGGUCCUACUCAGGCUCCCCGGUUGCCAAGGCUCAAUUCCCACACACAGCCUCAAGCAUGGAGCUCCCGAGGCAAGUAUGGAGCGGGGAGAAGACACCAAGGCUAAAUGGGGCAGACACUUCGUUGAGGCUGACUCCCACCGACAGAUUAAACCAGAUCAGAUUUACUGAGAAAAGGAGAGACAGAGAGAGAGAUCUUCCAUCCGCUGGUUCACUCUCGAAGUGGCCACAACGGCCAGAGCUAAACCGAUCUGAAGCCAGGAACAACUUCUGGGUCUCCCACAUGGGUACAGGGUCCUCUACUGCUUUCCCAGGCCACAAGCAGAGAGCUGCAUGGGAAGUGGAGCAGCCGGGACACAAACCUGCUCCCAUAUGGGAUCCCAGCAUUUGCCAGUUGGAGAACACAUUCAAGUCAGUUCUUGCGCAAGUUGGACCUGGAGGGACAAUUGAUCCAGAACUAAAACAAAAAAUCAAGUUUGUUGUAUCUAAGUUUCCAGAGGGUUUGUUUCUCUGUAAAUUGCUUAGAGAGUUUGAGGUAACUUUUAAAGAACAACUUUCACUAAAAAAAUUGGGCUUCCUCAAUGUAAUAGAACUUGUUGGAGCUCUUAGUGAUAUUCUCCAUGUUGAGUUCAGGGAAGGAGAACAAGACUUACUAGUGUUUGAUGCUGAUUUGAGACCUCCGCCUCCUGAUGGAGCUGUUUCGUCAGACAGAACUUCAAGUUUAGUUCAAUCAGAUAAGAAUACAGAAGCCAAGGUUUGUACCUCCAAUUCCUCUGGAAAUUUCUUAUCUACUGCUGCUACCAAAGAGACUGCAUGGGACUGUCCUCCCAAGGAGCAGAGAGAGCCGGAGGAGAAAGUUUAUAAGAAGCCUAACAUGGUGGUCAAGCCCUUACAGCUGCAAGUAGAAAUAAACAAACCACAGCCUGACAUGGCAAUGGCAAAUCAUGAUAUUCCACCAGAUGCUGUACGGGAAAAGAAAUUAUGCAGACUCCCACCACUGGACACCAGCACCCUCGUGGGGGUCUUUGUGGAAUAUAUUAUCUCUCCUAGUCAGUUUUACAUCCGAAUUUACAGCAGGGAUUCAUCAGAGCUGCUUGAAGACAUGAUGAUUGAAAUGAGGCGCUGCUACUCGAAUCAGCUGGUAUCUGACCGGUACAUCAUGCCAGAAUAUUUCAUUCAACCGGGACAUAUCUGCUGUGUAAGAAUUUCUGAGGAUAAGUGGUGGUAUCGGGUCAUUAUCCACCGGGUCCUUGGAACACAGGAAGUUGAAGUGUUCUACCCCGACUUUGGAAAUAUUGGAAUUGUUCAGAAGUCAUCUCUAAGGUUUCUCAAGUGCUGCUACACAAAGCUUCCAGCUCAGGCUAUCCCUUGUUCUUUGGCGUGGGUGAGACCAGUAGAGGAACACUGGACAUCCAAAGCCAUUUUGCAGUUCCAUAAGUUGUGUGGUUUGAAGCCAUUGGUAGGGGUAGUGGAUGAAUACAUAGACGGAGUCUUGAACAUUUUUCUGUGUGAUACGUCCUCAAAUGAAGACGUCUAUUUCCAUCAUGUCCUGAGAACAGAAGGCCAUGCUGUCGUGUGCCGAGAAAAUGUUCCUUCUAAGGGUUUCAGAGACCUCAACCCAUUAGCUUUAUACACUAAAUCCAGUAGUAAUGCCAAGGAGAUAUUGACAGAACUGGGUUACCCUUCCCAGCGGCAUUAUUUUAAUGAAGAUCGAGAGAUAAGUCCUCAAUCCAAAGAGAGUGAAUUACACACCCUGCAAGUGAUUAAUGAAGAAAGGUCUAUACAUCACCUUAAAUCUGAAUUAAAAGAACCAUUAAACGAUCUAGAAUUUGGUUCUUUGAAAAGCCUUGAAAAGAUCUGUGAAGAUGAUCCCAAAAGGUCCCUGCUGAAGCAAAAGGAUCUGGAGGAAGAAAAUGAGGAUGAGAUCCCCAGUGGAAUGCCGUGCCUGGAGUCAGUGACCAUAGGUGAUGAUAUCUGGGAUGAGAACUGGUUACCACUGGAGGCCACAAUGGGGAAAGGAGGUGACGCUGGCUUCGGGAUGCCCACCGCAAGCCCUGACGGAGAUGAGUGUCCACCCUGUGAAGAAAUACCCCAGGAGCAGCAGCUGAGUCUAAAGGAGCCCUCCGAUUGCUCCACACUGCCCAAACUGGAGGAGUUCUAUGUCUCUCUGAUCCAGUCACAGCAGUUAGCAGAAGGGAGCCCUUUUGAACCUGACAGCCCCCAGGGGCAGCCAAAGCCGAUCCAGCUCUCUCCAGCAGCGCUCGACUCGCCUCCUGCAGCGUUGGACUCCCCAGAAGAUCACCAUGGCUCUGUGGAAAGCUCUCCAGGAAGCCUGAAGAAUGAGGUUUCUGGUAGCCACGCCAUUACUGUGUUCAAGGACAAGGACAAGGUGCAAGGAGCCAUGGACCAGCUCUCUCUGAUUUUGUCUCCCGAACACCAGAUUUCCCAGAAGCUCUACGUUCCUCGGAGCACGGCCACUGCUGCGCUGGGAGCCGCUGCCCGGCUGGCCACGUCCCGGAGUCUCCUGCUCUGGUACCCCAGUGUGAACAGGAUGGAGGUGUGAGA